UUGCAAUCAGCAGCAGACACGUUUACUUGACUCCAAUUGCACAGAUUUGUAAUUAUGUGUAGACUAAUAACUUGGCCGCAGGUCACUCGUAAAAAUACAUGGGAGAAAGCCAUAACAAUGUGUCAAGGUAUUGGAAAACACGAGGGGGCCGGGCAAUAAUCCGUGAGGCGCGCGCCAACCAACCGCCAACCGGUGCGCUGGCUGCAGAGAGAAGCUUCGAACAUAGCGAACAACCAACCGUUGACGCGUACAGACACCGAUGGUUUGAGGAGUUUGGCGUAUGCGUUACAUAUUUUGGCAUGUCACUGUGACUCGUUAUUAUUUGAAGAAUAAUAUCUUUAGGACUUCACCUUCAAGGCACAAUUUCAUGAGCGUGUGAAGCGGGUGACUAGACAUGGUCUUCUGUCUAACUACCCGAAGAUUUCCUCGAAGCUCUCUUUGAUAAUUCCGUGCGCCAUCAUUGAGCAAAAUCCGUGUGAGAAGCAGACAGUCGCUCAGAGUUUGGGACCAGGGAGAUUCUGAAGGAGAGAGAGAACAUUCAUGUUAUUUCUCAGAUCGUUGGAGAACAGCUGUGUGAUGCUGUGGCUGCUGGUCCUUGUCCUGCCCGGGGUAGCAUGCAGUGCCCUGACCCAGAACCUUCUACAGCCAGACAAUGACCACAGAGACGGUGCUGUUGCCGUGACGACCCGGCCCCACAUCUACUACUGCCGCUCGCCCAACAUGGAGGUCUUCACUUGCUGGUGGCAUCCCCUUGACAACAACUCCGAGAGUGACGACAACGUCACCUACAGCCUCACCUACUCCUUAGAAAAGGGGCCGAGGCGUGAGUGUCCAGACUAUGUAACGGGCGGCCCCAACAGUUGUCACUUUGACAGCGGCCACACGUCCAUCUGGACCAUAUACUGCAUGAACGUGAUGGCCAGGACCUCCCACGGAGUGUUCAGCUCCAAGGACCACUGUCUGGACGUGGCUGAUAUAGUGGAGACAGAGGCUCCGGUUAACUUGACCUACACCCUGUUGAACGAGACGGAGGAGGAAGCUGGCCGCACCGCCAUGGUGUCCUGGGUUUACCCCAAUCCCUCCCACAUCCAGUACGGUUGGAUCACCCUGGUCUUCGAGCUGCAGUACCGACGCAUCGCCGAGCCCAACAACUGGAAGGUGAAGGGCUUGCUGAGAGAGCCUUGUCUGGAGCUGCUGGAUCUGCCGGUAGGAGAGUACAUUGUCAGGGUGAGAUGCCGUUCCCGCAACAACGGCCUCUGGAGCAAGUGGAGCACCUCUCUCCUACUCUGUGUCCCAGUCAAAUCUACCCCCGAUAAGCUGCUGGCUCUGCUUUUGGUGACCGGUGUUGGGGUCAUGUUGUUGCUAGUCAUCGGCUUUGGAAUUAUCCUACAGGGCAAGAGGAUAAAAGCAUUCAUUCUGCCUCCAAUUCCCAAACCACGCAUCAGAGGCAUCAAUCCCCUGCUUCUGAAGAAAGGGGGCUUUGAUGAGAUCAACCGUCAUUUCAUCUCCUUCCAUGGCUAUAAGCCCCCAAGCUACAGCGAGGAGGAGGUCUGGGACCCUGUCAACAUGGACAGCAACCAAUCUCUCCAGGCUCCCCCGGGGGUCCUAGCAGUCUGGAAGGAGGAUUAUGAUAUGGCCAUCCACAGCCAACUACUGGUCCAGACAACCUCCAGCCACGCCCCUUAUACACCAGUGCCCGCCUCUUACACCCCAGUCCCCGCCCCUUACUGCCAGGCUCCAGUGGAAGCCUUCCCGACCUCGUGGGAAUGGCCAACAGCAAACCCCGACCAGCCGGAGCUUCUCGUCUUCCCGGGCACUGACUACAGCAUGAUGAUGAAUCCCACCCCCGUCCCGCCUACGGACCAGCAGGCCCCGCCCCCAUCAUCCACCCAGGACUUCUACACGUGCGUGAACGUGCUGGGUGACAACGGACAAGUGCAUCUGGUGCCCUGCCUGCCCAACCACCUGAAACACAGCCCCUACGUACAGCUGGAGGAGGAGCUAGAGGAAGGAGGGCUGGAGAAGAGCAGCCAGUUAGAUGACUACCUGGCUAAGAAGAUGGAGGCAGUAGCCAACGGGAGUGCUCCGGGAGAGACAGUGGUAGAGACAGAGGUGGAGUCAGAGAGUGUGGAGCAGAGUGAAGUGGCUGUGCCUUUACUGCCUGGAACCACAGGCACACAGGGCAACAGGGUGUGACCAUUUAGCACACAUACUCACUCACACACACACACACACACACACACACACACACACACACACACACACACACACACACACACACACACACACACACACACACACACACACACACACACACACACACACACACACA